GAUAGAAAUGAAAAGAAGGAUUUCAGGCUGGUGAACCGACUGAGGAUCUGUCUGACGCUGGCCUUCGCGAGUGCCCACAAGGCAGGGAAGGGGCCUCCGGUGGUGGCCUUGACGCCCCUCACCAGUUGCCGGUCCGCCACGGUCCGGUCCGGCAAAAGGCUGUACACUUGGCUCCUCAGCACGAUAGGAGGCAGCGCAUCCUCGAACAGACCUCUCGGGAACAACUGCACUAGCUCCUCGACCGCCGCGCGCGCAGACCCUGAUUGGGGAGACAGGGACAUUGAGACAGAAUUAAGCGGGGGUGAGGGACAACUAUGGGGGUGCGGGUCUCCCCCAAACACCUGGCUAGUGGAAGUGAGGUCCCUCCCAGUUAGGGUCUACAGCCCUGCACCGGGGCUGCCACGCCUACCUGAUUCACCCCUCAAAGGAUCCGCUUCUACAGGCCCUCGCUCCCGCCGCUUCUUCAAUGCAAAAGUCUCCGGGGCCAAGAGGCGUCUCUUCCGGCUCAUAUCCCCGGACUUUAAGGAGAGGCGGAUACCAGCACCACUUCCGCCGGGCAGCUGCCCUAUGCCUGCCGCUGAUUGGCUCUGGCCGAGAGCGCUCAUGUCCCGGAACACUUGGAUGGCGCUAAGCCGCACCGGUGGCCACGUUGGGCUCGAUUUACUGGUGUAAAUCUCACUGCUACCCACACCCGCUCCACCCCCUCCAGAGGAUUUGUCUGGCACCGUAGCGGGAUCGUUGCAUCAUUGGAAGCAAAGGAAAAAAAAAAAACAAUUUUGCAUUGCUCUUCUUCUGAUAUGCCCCCCUGACGUCAUAGCCUUGCGGAAGACAAGGUUGGGGACUCUAAGGACUUUAUGGAGCCCAGAGGGACCAAGAGAAGAGCAGAAAAGUUAGAGGUAGCUGAACCUCGGAACAAACUUGCCUAUUCUGCAUCCUCACUACCCACAGAGCCUGCACUCUACUCUGGACCCUUUCCUUUCUACCGGCGCCCUUCUGAAUUAGGCUGCUUCUCUCUGGAUGCACAACGCCAAUACCAUGGAGAUGCCCGAGCCCUCCGCUACUACAGCCCACCCCCCACCAAUGGUCCAGGCCCUGAAUUUGACCUGAGAGAUGGAUACCCUGAUCGAUACCUGCCCAGGGAUGAGGAGGUCCGAGAGGGGCUGGACCACUUGCUACGCUGGCUCCUGGAACACCGAGGCCAGCUGGAGGGAGGUCCAGGCUGGCUGGCAGGGGCCAUAGUGACAUGGCGGGGACACUUGACAAAGUUGCUGACAACACCAUAUGAGCGGCAAGAAGGCUGGCAGUUGGCAGCCUCCAGGUUCCAGGGGACACUGUACCUGAGUGAAGUGGAGACCCCAGCUGCUCGAGCUCAGAGGCUUGCUCGGCCACCCCUUCUCCGGGAGCUUAUGUACAUGGGGUACAAGUUUGAGCAGUAUAUGUGUGCAGACAAACCCGGAGGCUCCCCAGACCCCUCUGGGGAAGUUAACACCAACGUCGCCUUCUGCUCUGUGCUACGCAGCCGCCUGGGAAACCACCCUCUGCUCUUUUCCGGGGAGGUAGACUGCACAGACCCCCAGGCCCCAUCUACACAGCCUCCCACCUGUUAUGUGGAGCUCAAGACCUCCAAGGAGAUGUACAGCCCUGGACAGUGGAGGAGCUUCUACAGACACAAGCUUCUGAAAUGGUGGGCUCAGUCAUUCCUCCCAGGAGUCCCAAAAGUUGUUGCUGGCUUCCGUAACCCAGAGGGUUUCGUCUGUUCUCUCAAGACCUUUCCUACCAUGGAGAUGUUUGAACACGUCAGGAAUGACCGUGAUGGCUGGAAUCCCUCUGUGUGCAUGAACUUCUGUGCUGCCUUCCUUAGCUUUGCCCAGAGCACAGUUGUCCAGGAUGACUCCAGGCUUGUCUACCUCUUCUCCUGGGAGCCUGGUGGCCCAGUCACAGUGUCUAUACAUCGAGAUGCACCCUAUGCCUUCCUGCCUAUGUGGUACGUGGAAGCUAUGACACAGGACCUCCCAUCAGUUCCCAAGACACCCUCCCCAACAGAGUGAGGCUUCAAGGGGCCAAUUCGUCUGCAGAGAUAAUAAAGGUUUUCUAAGUGGC